AUGCUUUUUUCCUCAGCAUUGACGCUUUGUUUUGCAGUCAUUGGGGCGGUUGCAACUCCUCUCGAGCGUCGUGCAAAAGCCCAGGUCAUCACCAAGUGUACAGUUCCUAACACUGUCGCUCUUACCUUUGACGAUGGCCCUUGGGUCUACCUAUACGACGUGAGCAACGCGUUGACAGGAGCCGGGGCGAAAGGCACCUUCUUCUUCAAUGGAAAUAACUGGGGCUGUAUUUACGACCCAGAGGAAGUCAAGCGUGUCAAAUUCGCGUACAACGCUGGUCAUCAAGUCGCAUCGCACACUUGGGCCCACAAAGACCUUACGACUCUGACUUGGGAUCAGAUUCACGACGAGAUGUGGCGCGUUGAACAGGCACUGAUGAGAAUCACUGGAGCUUACCCGGCCUUUAUGCGACCCCCUUAUGGAAAUUACAAUGACAUGGUCUUGGAGGCAUCUGGUAUUCGUGGCCAAUCUGUAGUCAUCUGGGACUUUGACUCUGGCGAUUCAGGAGGUGCAAGCGUGGCUACAUCGAAGAACUUGUACGACCAAAUCAUCGCACGUCACCCAAGUACCAUACUCCCGCUGAACCACGAAACCAUUGAAACUACUGUGCAUCAAGUAUUGCCCUACGCUAUUAAGAAGCUUCAGGCUGCGGGGUACAGGCUCGUCACACUUGCCGAGUGCUUAGGCAAAGCUCCUUAUCAAAGCGUGGCCGCGCCCUCGACCCCUGAUGCAAACUGGCACUGUUAAAACUCUUGUGACUUCAAAUGGACCUUUUCCUGAUCUCUUGACAUUUGGACGGAACCUAAUUUUUCAAAUUCACAACCUACUUGGACUUGAACUUUUGAUCGGACUUCACGCAAAAUCAACGACUUGUUACGAUCUUCCGCACACAUAAUAGUAAUUUUGAGGACUAUUUCACAAUUCAAACUCCCCAUAGGAUACCUAUUACCUACCCGCACGAGAAACCCUCAUUUUGGAAUCUUGGAUACCUCUUUCAUACUUUGACGUGGUUACCCCAGUACAUACUUGUGACUUAAACCAAUAUGCCUCCAAUCUAUUAUCUAUACCGUUUACUU